AAUUUUUUUUUAACCAUAAACGUGUUUUCACUAUUCUCAACAUUUUCCGGAACAAAUAAAUACAAAAAAAAAUUUCCACCAUGUUCGAAGACACGCUCUUAAUUAUAAAAGCCGAUUACAUGCACAAGCGCAAACCAGUAUUGUUGCAUUUAUUGCAACAUGAAUUUAUAAUUAAAGGCCAGCGCAAAAUACUAUUUUCGCCAGAGAAUGCUGCAGAGUUCUACAAAUCUCAAGCGGAAGAUAAAGAUUUCAUGUUGCAAGUCAUUUUACUUUCGAAGGGCAUUAGUGAGGCCUUCAUACUGGCCAAGGAGAAUGCGGUGGAAGGCUUGAUCUGCACAAUGAUUUGCUAUUUCUCAACAUCCAUGGAAAUGGUACGCAAUGUGCACGUUUCAACGAGCACAGAGAGCGCUGCACGCGAGAUAAGUUUCAUUUUUGUAAAUUAUAUUCCUGAGCCCAUUCCACUUUUUAAACGGCACAAAUUUUCCUCAGACUCUCUAAUGGCGCCGUUCAUUAGUCAACUCUAUGAGAUUAUUCAGAAACCCGAUGAUGAUAAGAAGAGUUGGAAAGUUCAGUUGGCUGAGUGGUUGACCCUGGAAAAUCCAGAACUGCCAAUAAUGAGCAAUACAUGUAGCACUAGGGCUGAAAUUUUUGUCGAAGACAAGGCUCAACAGGUCAAUUUGGUGGACUCAACUGGAAAAAAGCCUAGCGUAUUUCAUACUGAUGGCGCAGGUGGUGAGACGGCUUCUUCAGAUGUUACCUGUGCCCCUUCGUCUUCAUCCACUGGUAAUUCAAUAGUGAUGAGCAGUUCGUCCUGCAUGACAUGUUGUCCCUUCGAGCGCACUGAGGUCGACGUGAGCGCCGAGGAUGUAUGUAAUAAAGCAGAGAAGCUUUUCGCGGCAAAGAUAGCACCGUUGCCAAAUAGAAUACAGGAGGAGGAGGAACGCGAAGAUGAAAUGUGCAUGCAAGUGUGUGAAGAUCAUAUAAAGCAGUGGAAGGCAGAAUUACGCGCCGAUGAGGUGGAAAUGAAAAAGGUAUUACCUUAUGGUGGUCGAGAUUUGGAGAUGAUUAACGAAGUGGAAAUUUAAGAAAACAUUUUCUGAUACAGGAAUGAAGUUUGAUACCGUUUUUAUGUGCUUUGUAUAUUUUUGAGAAAAAUUAGAAUUUGGAUUUAUCCUAUUGCAAUCGACUUAUUCUAAACUAUCUAAACUCUUUGUGUAUUUACAUGCACAAUAAAUUAAUUUAUGAUGUUUAAGGCAAGUCCAGAGUAAAUUAUGUUGGUAAACUUUAGUCUGGGUGCAAGGUCAGUUGGGGGUACCUGGUAAUGAGAAAAUUGACCAUCUGGCCAGAGUUGGCUCAGGCUAAGCAUUCCUCGUCCCGCAAACCAAUUAUAGCACUUUCACCUUCGGCCAUCAAUCCCUCACUAGAAAUUAAGCUCAGAAAUGCCUGGGAGGCAUCGAGGGUCUGCAGAUGGGCUAAACGCAUGCUCCCUUCAAUCUCAAAGGAUUUUCUAGUUACUUGCUCUCGAAGCAGACAACUUGUUGGACUGCUGAUUGGUCACUUCACGUGGCAAAAACACCUGACUCUCUUUUUUUUUAUUUUGUCCCGCCUUUGCAAGAAACGGGUAUGAGGAAUUGGCCGCGAUGUGUGAAGAGACGAACACCUGAGCUCUUUAUUGUUACUACACCUUUUCCAAGAGUACUUCAGAAAGCGUCAAGUGGUAUUUCAGAAACUGUAAAAUGUAGUUCAGAAUAGUCAACAAUACUUCAGAAAACGUAAAAUGUACUUCAGAAUAGCCAAUUUUACUUCAGAAACCGUAAAAUGUACUUCACAACAGUCAAUUGUACUUCAGAAACCGUAAAAUGUAUUUGAUUUUUGCAGCGGCGAUAUCUAUGGUCUGCUUGCGACCUAUGGGUGACUCUUUGCUUUAUCCCUCUUAAAUUUAUAAAUUUUUACUUAAUAAAGGGUACCUUUUGUAUUCCAUUGAUCUCAUUGAAAGCUGGGUUUAAACUGGCGGAUUCCACUAGAUCUGAUCUGGCGGAUCAGAUCUUUGUUUAUGAUUCAAAGUUAUGUACAUAUAAUAUCAGGGCCAUUAAUGGGAAAUGAACAUCUGCCGGACUAGUUGAUGUUCUCGAAGAUACUAAGGCCGCCCAGUGCCAAUCCACAAAAAGCUGAACUAAGCCAUUUUGAAGUUAAAGGGGGACAAGACAAAGUCUCCCUGGUAUAAAUCGAGGCGGCAUUGACCUCACUGUUGACAGUAUCCAAUAUACAUAUUUAAAGAUGCACGGACUUCUUUUAUUUGUGAAUUAGCAUUAGUAAUGGAGAAACACACUUUCCAACUGACACGGGGUCUUUAUUAGAGCAACAGAAGCCAAAUCAACAAUUUUUUAGAAAUUUUGUCUGUCUGUCUGCCUGUAUGUUUGCUCGCGCAUCACUGGGAAAACUAAUGCAUGGAAUUGAAUGCAGUUUUCUCCGAUGCAUUGCUAGGGGUCUCAUUUAAAAUAUAGGAA